AGCUUGCGAUUAUGGGGGUAUUUCGAGUCGACCUGUCGGCCAGGCACAGAGCGGGGAUUGCAUUUCAGGGAUAUUCAGUUUGUGGUUUUCUACAACGAAGAGGAGAAGCCAGAGCUUGGUUUUAAGCUUGUUCGUGAUGCGAAAGGAAUGACGGAUAUUCCUAAUGAAAGGCCUCAGCACGUUAUUUACGAGGGAGACUCUCCUGGUCCCCUCUUCCAGAACGGAAUGCUCUUCCAUCUUGCUUUCCUUUUAGCAAAGAAUGCGCUAGAAGGAUAUGAAACGAUCGACAAACUCUUCGCGAAGAGACCCUUUUCAGGGGACAGAAUUUCGAUCAUUCCAUGGAGAAAAGGCAUAGAGGACGAACCCUUCUAUCCUAGCGCAUUCAGCAAAGGUGUUGAGCGAGCGGGCCCGAUCUCUCGCCGUAUCAGAGAGCUUGGAAUACGGGCCGGCUACGCUGAGCCGCCACGCACGCAUGACUUCAGGGCCGGUAGCUUGCUACGUGUUUCAAAACAUCAUACGGAGGCAGAACGCAGAAAACAUGCCGGGCAGAAGGACAACGGCACCUACGAUAAGCAUUACGCAUCAACACUUGCGGCAGAUGGACAAGGUGCAUACUUCACAGGCCGUUCUCGCAAAAGCGUGCUCGAGCUAUUCCAGGAUCUAUCAAUUCGCCGCAACCCUUUUAUGUUGCAAGCACUCCCGGCCCAAAGUCGUGCCGAGUUCGAAGACUCGGAGCCGAUCAAAGAGCUUCAGGCCGAGCUGCGAGCAAUUCAGCGGGGAGACGCGAAUGACGAUACGGCGAGAAAGAGAAAAACGGAACUAUAUCGCAUGCGACGAAGACUCGAGACCGAAGCGUGUCGGAAAUUACGAGAGCAGCAAAUUUUGACACCGUCUGAAGCGAACACCGAGCUCUGUUACCACCGGAGCUAUUUUGACCGGAUACGCUAUCUCAUGCCUGAAAGAGAUCGACUCGCCAACACUCUAUUCCAGCCCGCUCAGCUGCGCGACUCACUCGGACGAAGCGCCCUUGCGGAUUUGAUUGCGCUUUGCACACAGACGCGCGAGGUCCAAUUUCGGCCAGGGUUGGAACCAGACAAGUGCAACUGCAACAAAAGCCAAGAAGAUUACGAUUUGAAACAUGUCCACAACUGCUACAAGGAGCGACAAUCGGUCCCGACGACUUUUUGCUUCAUAUGCCAUCAGUGGAUUUUUGGAAAGACGGAAUGGAAGGCACAUUGCUCAGCACACUUGGGCGACUUGGACACUAUCCCGAAAUUCUGCGACCCCCUCACCUACGGUGGAGUGCUCGCAGCACCUGGGCUUUGUCCAUUCUGUCUCGGGAACGAAAACAUGCCGCCCGAGGUUCGGUUCCAUCAAUUCAUUCACAUUCCCGCAUGGAAAAAGCAUCUGAGCCGUUGCGUUCAGAGUCGAAAGAUUGCGGUAAGCAGCGGUUCUUCGGCGCAGUAUAGUCAUCUGCACUGUCAGGGAAGACCGCCAUUUGCCUCGCUACAGAAGCUCCUCUUCCAUAUCGAGGAUGCCCACGGCUGUCAAUUGAGCUAA